GGGGCACCUCUCUGCUAGAGACGUCCGAAGGACACAUCUUUAGCGGCGAUUAUGUUUCAGAAUUUUCAGGUGCCAUACUUUAUACUCCGUCCGUCAGAAUGUUAUAAUACGAUAGAACCGAUCCACUGUUGGUAAAAAGCAAUGUACCUUUUUAUCAAAGUAGGGUGUGUCCUGCCAGGAUAUCAUAUCACGCGGAGUUUCAUCACUCAGACUCGAACUAUCUGAAGAGGGUGGGCCUGGCUAAUGGGCCUAUGACCCAGCUACCGAAAGAAGCAGUCUUUGCAAUCCUCAAUACGACAUCAGCAGGUGCAGAUCUUCAGCAUUGCAGCUGGAGUGUCCAUCAUUAUAACGUACUUGUCUUUAAGCUGCUCCUUUGUCGACCUGCCAUGAGCUAUAGGGUCAGGACAGACAAAGAUUGCCAGGAACAUUAUCCAAAGACCAUAUAUGUAUUCUAUCUGGUGCUAGCAAUGGGGAUGCUACCGACAAUAUCUGGCUCAGCUUUGAGGCAGCGCAUAUCUUUCCUCUAGAAAAGGGGCUAUUAUGGGUUCAGAACAGCUUUGCACGAUGGAUCACAGGCACUUCUUGAGGGGAUGC